CUGGAGCCAACUGUCGCUCCCUCAGUAGUCCGUCACGUUGUUUCUAAUGUCGAACACGACCAGCAACCUGGGUUUGAUGCUAACCUUACCCGCCUGCAGAGAGGCUGCGUGAGGAGUCUCCUCUCUACCAGCCCGGCUCUGUGUCUGAUCCUCCGUCUGCAUCAGCAUCACUCGUCCUUCCUCCGGCGGCAUGUGAAGGGGCUCUCGCCGUAGCCCGGACCCCUCCUCCGGCAAGCCCCUCUGUGAGCACCGAGGCAGUGGCAGCGACAGUGGCCGGCAGGAGCAGCCCGGUAGUGAGUACCGGGUAGUCCCCCGGUAGUCCCCCGGUAGUCCCCGUCUCCCCGCGGCCGAGGAUGAGCGAGCCAGGGAAGGGCUCGGCGCCCGCCUCCGCCUCCGCCGCGGCCCCGGCUCCGGGCUCCGACACCUACAAGGGCUGGCUAUUCAAGUGGACCAACUACCUGAAGGGCUACCAGCGGCGGUGGUUCGUGCUCAGCAACGGCCUGCUGUCUUAUUACAGAUCGGUGGAUUUGUGUUUUAUGAGGAUGUGUGCACAGGGGACUGACAGGACACAAGCAGAGAUGGCCCAUACGUGUCGUGGAACAAUAAACUUGGCCACAGCACACAUCGACACAGAGGACGCCUGCAACAUUGUCUUGAGCAGUGGGGGCCGCACUUACCAUUUGAAGGCUAGCACAGAAGUGGAGCGACAGAGAUGGGUCACAGCGCUGGAGCUGGCCAAAGCUAAAGCCAUUCGCAUGAUGAACGAUCAGUCCGAUGACUCGGGGGACGAAGAGCCAACAUCCCAGUCAGACCGCAGCGAGAUACAGGGCACCCUAAAGAUACUUGUCAGCAAACUUGAUGACCUCAGCACAUGUAAUGACCUAAUCGCCAAGCACGGAGCAGCCCUGCAGCGCUCCCUGAGUGAACUUGAAGGCCUCAAAGUCCCUGUAGAAGGUGGAGAGAAGAUCAAGGCAGUGAACGAGCGAGCCACCCUCUUCCGCAUCACUUCCAAUGCUAUGAUCAAUGCGUGUCGAGACUUCUUGGACCUCGCUGAGACUCACAGCAGGAAGUGGCAGCGGGCACUGCAGUAUGAGCGAGAGCAGCGUACCCACCUAGAGGAGACGAUUGAACAACUCGCCAAACAGCAUAACAGCCUGGAGCGAGCGUGGCGAGAAGCACCCACGCUCGUUUCCAGCGCUCCCAGUGCCCCAAUCACCAACAAGGGAGGUGAAAGGUCGAAAAAAGAAGAAGCAAGUGAUGAAGAUGAAGAUACUGAGUAUUUUGAUGCCAUGGAGGACUCCCCUGCAUUUAUCACAGUAACUGCCAGUGAGAGCACACAGCACAGACGAUCUCAGAGUAAUUUGAGUGGAGCAAGUGGCGGCCAGGCCAGUGACUGGAACCAGGACGACCAUAUGUCUCCAAGCUACAAUGACGUGUCAGGAAAGGAGCUGCAGCCCCGCAGAGAGAGGCGGACCCAUAUCCCAGACAAGCCCAAUUACUCCCUCAAUUUGUGGAGCAUCAUGAAGAACUGCAUUGGCAAAGAGCUCUCUAAAAUCCCCAUGCCUGUAAACUUCAAUGAGCCUUUGUCGAUGCUGCAGCGUCUGACUGAAGACUUGGAGUAUCAUGAGCUCCUCGACAAAGCAGCACGCUGCGACUCUUCCCUGGAACAGAUGUGCCUGGUCGCUGCCUUCUCAGUGUCCUCCUACUCCACCACAGUCCACCGGACAGCCAAGCCCUUCAACCCGCUCCUGGGCGAGACCUAUGAGCUCGAUCGCCUGGAGGAGUUUGGCUACCGCUCACUGUGUGAGCAGGUGAGCCAUCACCCCCCUGCAGCUGCACAUCAUGUGAUUUCCCAAAAAGGCUGGACCUUGUGGCAGGAAAUUACAAUUGCCAGCAAGUUCCGGGGCAAAUACCUCUCCAUUAUGCCUUUGGGUGCCAUUCACCUGCAGUUCCACUCCAGUGGAAACCACUAUGUCUGGAGAAAGGUCACCUCCACGGUGCACAACAUCAUUGUGGGCAAACUGUGGAUUGACCAGUCAGGGGACAUUGAGAUCGUGAAUCACAGGACCAAAGAGACCUGCCAGCUCAAGUUCUCUCCCUACAGUUAUUUCUCCAGAGAUGUUCCACGCAAGGUGACAGGGGUGGUGGCGGACGGCGCAGGCCAGGCUCAUUACAUCCUCUCCGGUACAUGGGAUGAUAAAAUAGAGAGUGCCAAAAUCAUUCAGAGCAGUCGAGGGGGGAGCGGAUCAGAGGGCAAGCAGAAGACAGUCUAUCAAACGUUGUCCCCCAAACUGCUGUGGAAGAAAUACGCUCUACCGGAAAACGCUGAGAACAUGUACUACUUCUCAGCUUUGGCUUUAACCCUGAACGAGGGUGAGGAAGGAGUGGCGGGGACCGACAGCCGCCUGAGGCCAGACCAGAAGCUGAUGGAGGACGGCCGAUGGGAUGAAGCAAACUCAGAAAAACAGAGGCUGGAGGAGAAACAAAGAGCUGUGAGAAGGAGGAGGGAAGCGGAGGCCUCAGAGAUGCUGGAUGAAGAGUGUGAAUAUGACUCUGGUAAAGAUUAUGAAGGCUACCAGCCGUUGUGGUUUCACCAGAGGAGGGACUCGAUCACUGGAGAAACGAACUUUGUUUUCAAGGGCGGAUACUGGGAGGCAAAGGAGAGCCAGGACUGGGGCAUGUGUCCUGACAUCUUCUAACCCAGGAACCCAUCUCAAAUCACUCCCAACCCCAUCGGACAGGGAGCCGCUCAGCCUCUGGUCUUCAGGCAGUGGAGCGCAGCUGGCUUUUGAGCACCACUUGGACCUUUUUAUGAGCCUGAGAAUGUGUACGUUCAACACACUCUCGGAUUACACUGUACCUCCAAAUGUACACUUGCAUUCUGUUUUUACUUUGGGGAAAACGACAGGGUGUUCUCUAAGCAGUCCUGUUUGACACCUUACCAGUGAGCAGUGAGAAAAUGUGCGAGAAGUUGGAGCUGUAACACCACACAAUAAAGGAACCUGCUCAGUCCUGAUGUUCUGGUGCUCUCCAAACGAUACCCACAACGCACUUUCCUGAUUUGCAAAGUUUCACCUGUUCUUUUCAAAAACCCAUAUCAAUAGAACUCAUUAAAUUGACAAUAUCUGAGGCAAAAACUCAAGAAGACACUUCUCAGUAUUUAGUGGUUGCGAGAGAAGUCACCCUCUUCAUUCAUUCACCACAAUAAAUGUUGAUGUACUCUUUGAAUCUUAAAUUAGAGUUCAAUUUAUUCUCCUAGAAAUUAUCUUAAUCUGUCUUUUUGAGCCCUUCUGGUUAGUUAAAAAAGUAGCUAAAAGAUCUGUAAUUUUGAUUAAAAUAUCAACUGUGAAAAUGCCAAGUAUGAAAAAAAAUUAUAAGAAAAGAAUAAGUGCAAAAAUAAAAUAAAAUCCAUAUUGCUCAAAAUAAAGAUAUUUUAAAGUAAAUACAAUCUUCAGAAAAAAGUGCACUUAGACUUAAAAACAUUUUAAAUUAAAUAUCGGUCUGCCAUUAACCCUGUAACAGUAAAAAUAAAAAACAUAAAACAUUUAAAGUAAUAAUGAGUAAUGGAUUGCUGCACAAUUUGUGUUUAUAAAUUCUUUUAAUUCAAAAUUUUUCAAUGUUAAAAAACAUCGACGAUCAGCGGCUACAAAUCCGUCACUGUGAACUGGGGACUGGUUUUAUCCACACAAAUGAAACAUGGAACAAGGCAGAAUCAGGCUCAGAUCAUUUUCAUUCGUGGUUUUGAUGAGCAGAAUUGUAGACGUUAAACCUUUAUUUGUAGCACAGUGCUGAACUACAAGUGGUGCAACAUUAAAACAUUCACAUUACACUAAUAUGAAUUUCCAUUAAAAAAACAAGAAGAUAAAGCACUUUUCACUCAACAGAGAUUUAUCCAAAUCUCUGUUCAUAUGAAGAAAUGUUCACCCUGUAUAUAAACUCCACUUUGUUUUCUGGUGCUCUCAUAUAACGCGCUCUGCACCCUCAGCCACUCAAGCUACAUUCACACUGCAGGUCUUCAAAUCUGAUUUCUUACCAAAAAACAAAUACCAAAAGAUUUUUUUGCGUGCUCGUUCACGUUAUCAUUUUAAUGCGACCUUCGUCACACUUGAGUGUGAACGGCCAUGAAGUGGUUCGCAUGCGCAGAGGAAAACACGGUGUCAUGUAGUGCGUUGUGUUUACAGAAGUAAAUGCGGAUGCGUCACGUGUUUAUCUAACCAUUUUGAAGUACUCGCACAGUUGGAACCAACAAAAUUAUACCGUACUGAUGAAGGAAAGGAGAUUCCGAAAAAGGAGAGAACAAAAGUACAAAUAUUGCCUUUUGUGCAGCAGUGGUGCUACAUCUGUACAGAUGUGUGCCGUCAAAGUCGGUUGUAAUGCGACAUGACUGUUCUGACACAGAUCGGAUAUAUAUCCGAUUUUGGACCACUUAUGAAAAUGCACUGGGUCGGAUUUGCGCUGUUCAAACUGUCCUUAGGAAAUCUGAUAUGAGUCACAUAUGGGCAAAAAAUCGUAAAUGAUCUGCAGUGUUAACGUAGCUCAGAUUGUUGUCUGUGGUCGUACAAAAUAUGAAGUCUGCAUUAAUCACUGAGACUUGCGUGAUUACAGAAGCGUGCUGGUUUCAGUAAUGUACAUGUCCAGACUCUCGCAGCCUCAUUAGUCACUAGUCUGUAGCAGAGAUGUUCCUAGUGUGUUUACUGUAUCAGAGACUGGAGCGGUUUUUCUCUGAGGACCCCCAGGUGGAUUCAGCUGACUGGAGGUCAAAGGUUAGAGAAGCAGACAGGGCUGGUUCCUGUAGCGCUCCACUGUGUAGUCAGCUCCAGCCACAGAGGACUACCUCGCCUGCUGCUCCAGGCUCAACACAGCUCCUUCUCCAUUUGUGAACAUGCUGAUCUGGGAUCGGCACACAAAGGUACCCGCCCCGAGUCUUUUGCCUUUAACUGACUGAAUAAGGGAACGAGUCCCCUGGCCUCUGCACUACAAGUCUACGGUUAAAAGAGUUUUGAAAACCACUUAGUAUUUUUUUGUAAUUGUUGUUAGGAAUGUAGAAAUCGUGGCUGGAGGUAUUGUAUCCACCAUCUAGUCUAUUUGUGUGAAUAUUUUGUGAUAAAACAAAAAUAUUGUAAAAUGAUGAAUAAUUAUACUAACCAGAAUAAGAAAUUAUCUGUACAGACGGACUGAAGCCUGAAUGAUUUUGCUGUAAUUUUAACUUUUAAUUUUGACUGAUUUCAUAAAGAUUGAAAUGAAUCCCAGAGACACCCAGUUUGGCCAAAAACUGGCUCGACACACAGAACAUACAUUUUGAUAGUCAUUGAGACUCCAACCGUAGGACCAUUUGUGAUUUCCUCUGACGUGCAGGAUGAAUAUGUAAAAAAAAAAAAAGAAAGAAAAAGCAAUGACAAAGAGAUUUCUUUACAAUAGAGUACCUUUCUCUGCUGUUUUGGUUUUUUUUUUUGGCUGAUCGAGUGAUGGUGAUUUUCAGUUUGAUAAAAUUAGCUCUUAAAAUGUUAAUCUGUGAGAUUAUUGGUGAAUUGAUAAUUUGAUGAGUAGUUGUUCUUUGGGUUUUGUUUUUGCAAAAAAAGAUAAUUCCUUUGCCCAUAU